UAAAUAUAAAAUGUAAAUCCACUAAACAGUAAACCAUUCUGUACUUUGAUAAUAUUUCAAAUCGAACGGACAGUAAUUAUUUGAUUCAGCUAGUUUAAUCAGGUUCGACCAAACUGAGAAUCGAGCAUACCUUCUGAUUGAUCGCCAGGGGUGGAGUCGGUUUCUUUUGCGGAAAUAACACAAACACAACAAAAUCUAAUCUUGCAUCACUUCCGGCGAACCCUGCUGCGUGGCAGCGUUCAAAAUCCACUUCCGAUUCGGUUCAACUUCAACCCCUGCCGUGCCGCGGGCGGUAGUUUCUUCAACUCCUUUUACCGUUUCAAAAAGUCACCCACACUCGCGCACGCACAGUCUGUAUCAAGAUCUGCGACGGCGAUGUGGCAGACGGCUAGGGUUUCUUCUUGAGGAAAAUUUCGAAACUACAUACAUAUUCAAGUAACGCCAUGCCUGCCAUGACGAAGGUCCAACUGUGAAAGUUUUUAGUAAGACUGAACCUGGUGAUAUCAGGCAAUUGUUUGAACGAUUGAUGAAGGAGAUUGGAGAACCUGUUGAAUUUGAACUUCCUGAUUGGUUGAAUAAAUGGAAGCCUAACUAUAGCAUCAUAAAGCGCAAUAUAUAUCUAACAAAGAAGGUUAAGAAACGAAUAAGAGAGGAAGAUGAUGGAAUAUUCUGCUCUUGCACCUCAACACCAGGUUCUUCUGCAGCUUGUGGUAGAGAUUGCCACUGUGGGAUGCUAUUAUCAAGCUGUUCCUCUAACUGUAAAUGUGAUAAUUCAUGCCUCAAUAAACCAUUCCACAGACGCCCUAUGAAGAAAAUGAAGAUAGUGCAGACUGAAAAAUGUGGGUCAGGGGUUGUUGCUGAAGAAAACAUCAUGCGAGGAGAGUUUAUUAUUGAAUAUGUGGGAGAAGUUAUUGAUGACAAAACAUGUGAGGAAAGGCUAUGGAGAAUGAAGAGACAAGGAGAAACAAAUUUUUAUUUGUGUGAGAUUAAUCGUGACAUGGUGAUUGAUGCUACAUUCAAAGGAAACCAAUCAAGAUAUAUAAAUCAUAGUUGUUCUCCAAAUACCGAAAUGCAAAAAUGGCGGAUUGAUGGUGAAACAAGAAUCGGGAUUUUUGCAACUCGGGAUAUAAAAGAGGGGGAGCAUUUGACCUAUGAUUAUCAGUUUGUGCAGUUUGGUGCAGACCAAGACUGUCAUUGUGGGGCAAAAGGGUGUAGACAGAAACUUGGAGUCAAACCAAAUAAGUCAAAGUUUCCUUCUUCAGAUACCGCUUUAAAGAUGGUUGCAUGUCAGGUGGCUAUAAAUUCUCCAAAAGUAAAAGCACUUCUUUCUGGGAAAGAUGGUUACAACUAUGGUGUUCGACAACCAGCAUAUUCAAGACAUGUCAUUGAUGAAACAAGAAUACCUCAUAAUUGCAUAGGGGAAGUUCUCAGAAUAGUACGCCCUGCUUCAACGAGUUCAUUUGGUAUGAUCAAACGGUUUGACAUCAAUACAAGAAAACACUUGAUCAUGUUUGAAGAUGGUGUGACUGAGCUUCUUGAUUUGGCGCAAGUUGAUUGGGAGCUUUGUAACUUAGCAAGCUUUUUACAGGGGUAAAACCGUAAAAUCCUCUCUUGACACAUAUAGUGUUGUUUAUAAACCUCGUGGGCUGAAACAUAGAUGCAAAAUGUGUUGUCUUGAUCUCACUGACAAAGUGGUAACUCAAACCCUCGGUGAGUUUUUUUUUGGUGCAAAUUUUAUUUUAAGGGGUGUUGCUCAAUGCAAAAUCCUUGGGUUCUAUAUGUAAUUUGUCAGUGAUGUUUUGAGCUCUUGAACACGUUUUAAUUCUUUGUAAAUUUGCUUGAUAAUUGUGAACGAAGUAUUGUUUUUGGUUAGCCUAACCUUGUCAUUUAAUGAAAGUUUUAUGAUUUUUUAA